GUGUAUGGUUCGCUGAAAAUUUGCUGAAUAAUAGCUUAAACAUUGUGUGUUUCAACCUGGGUAAUCAUUAACUGAAAUCAAACAAGCUUAACUUGUGGACAGCUUUACAAGUAUUGUUCAUUAUUGGUCGCUUGUACUUCACAAUGGGAAAACUUGAUGGUAAAGUAGCGCUUGUGACAGCAUCUAGUCAAGGAAUUGGUUUUGCCAUCGCUCGUAAACUUGCUCAAGAUGGAGCUCAUGUUGUGAUUUGUAGCCGAAAAAAGAAAAAUGUUGAUGAAGCUGUACAGGUUUUAAAAUCUGAAGGAUUGUCUGUGUCUGGUUCAGUUUGUCAUGUGGGAAAAUCUGAUGAUAGGAAGUCAUUAAUAAAUCAGUUGGAAAAUGAUUUUGGUGGGCUAGAUAUUUUGGUUUCAAAUGCUGCAGUUAAUCCUUAUUUCGGCAGCAUUUUAGCAACACCGGAAUCCGCAUACGAUAAAAUAUUCGAAGUUAAUGUAAAGGCUACUUUUCAGCUCGUACAGGAUGCCGUCCCACUUAUGCAAAAGCGUGGUGGCGGUUCUGUCGUAAUUGUAUCAUCAAUGGCGGCAUAUGUUCCCAAUGAAAUGCUCGGUAUAUACUCUGUCAGUAAAACAGCACUUGUAGCCCUUACUAAAGCCCUCAUGCCUGAACUUAGCUCAAUGAAUAUUAGAGUAAAUUGCAUUGCACCCGGCAUCAUCAGAACAAAGUUCAGCAAAUCUUUGCUUCAACAUGAAGAAGCAGUGAGGCAGCAGGUUCCUCUGGGAAGAAUUGGGAAUCCUGAAGACUGUGCUGGGAUGGUGGCUUUCUUAAGCUCAGAUGAAGCAUCUUAUAUAACUGGUGAAACAGUUGUGAUCAAUGGAGGCAUGACUUCCAGACUCUAAAACUUUAUUUUUUAAACAAAGCACUUUACAUAAUUACUACGUUCCUAUGCAUAUAUCGACAAUAAUAAACAAUUAUAAUUGUAUAAAGUACGCUUAGAUUUUUUUGCUUUUUAGCAUUGUAUAAUUGUUAAGUUUACAAUUAUGAGCAUAUUUAUUUAAAUGUAGAAUUAAGUUUAAUAAGUAAUAUUGUUUGGUUAUUUCACAAUGGGAAAACUUUAUAGUAAAGUUGUGCUUGUCACAGCAUCUAGUCAAGGAAUUGGUUUUGCCAUCGCUCGUAAACUUGCUCAAGAUGGAGCUCAUGUUGUGAUUUGUAGCCGAAAAAAGAAAAAUGUUGAUGAAGCUGUACAGGUUUUAAAAUCUGAAGGAUUGUCUGUAUCUGGCUUUGUUUGUCAUGUCGGAAAAUCUGAUGACAGGAAAGAGCUACUCGGAAAAAUUGAAUCUGAUUUAGGUCGCCUAGAUAUACUGGUUCUUAACGCAGCAGUAAACCCAUAUUUUGGUAAUAUUCUUGGGAUUCCAGAAAAUGCCUUUGAUAAAAUAUUUGAGGUAAAUGUAAAAUCAACAUUUAUGUUUAUCAAAGAGUCAGUUUCCCUUAUGCAGAAACAUAAUGGGGGAAGUGUGGUGAUUGUGUCUUCAUUUACUGCCUACAUUCCCCAGCAUAUACUGGGAAUCUAUGCAGUCAGUAAAACAGCACUUGUAGCCCUUACUAAAGCCCUCAUGCCUGAACUUAGCUCAAUGAAUAUUAGAGUAAACUGCAUUGCACCCGGCAUCAUCAGAACAAAGUUCAGCAAAUCUUUGCUUCAACAUGAAGAAGCAGUGAGGCAGCAGGUUCCUCUGGGAAGAAUUGGGAAUCCUGAAGACUGUGCUGGGAUGGUGGCUUUCUUAAGCUCAGAUGAAGCAUCUUAUAUAACUGGUGAAACCAUUGUGAUCAAUGGAGGCAUGACUUCCAGACUCUAAAGUUUAGAGAAAUUGAUUCAUGUGCAACUAUAUUUAGGUAUUGUUUAAUUGAUACUGAGAUAAGAGAUUUUAUAUAAAUGCAUUUUUUGAUUUUAUGCACUAACCCUCUAUUGUCUUGCAAAUCUAUCUUUACGAAAUAAAUCACAAAAGCAAACGGA